AAAAAAAAAAAAAAAACAAACCAACAAAAAAUUUUAAGAAUUUUUCACUUUAUUUUUUUUUAACAAAUAAAUUUAUAUAAAUAAACAUCUUUAUAAAACAAUUGCAACAUUAAGUGCAACUAAAUAGUAAUAAAAUAAAACAAACAACAAAUGUUUACUUUAAAAAUUACAGCAGAAUUCUGUUAAUGAGAUUCUUACAACAAUAAAGCAGCGGCAGCUAGCAACAGCAGAAGAAGAGCAGAACUCGUCAAUACAGACAGACGUCAAGCCACGUCGAAGAACUUUAUUAUCCAAAUAUAAAAAAAAUCUACUAGAAAGAUAAAAGUUUAAUAAUUUUCAUUAAAAUAAACAAAACGUACGUAUUAUACGCAACGAGGCCGCUAUGGGGUUGGCGGCUAAAAUUUAUGUAGUAUCUCUACUUUUAAUGGCCGGUAGUAGUCAUUAUAAGGUUCUGGCCGAUGAACACAAUCACAAAUACAAUGAUGGUGAAGAGGUGGUUUUAUGGAUGAAUACCGUGGGUCCUUAUCACAAUCGUCAAGAGACUUAUGCCUAUUUUAGUCUGCCAUUUUGCAGUGGUUCAAAAUCGAGUAUAUCACAUUAUCAUGAAACUUUAAGUGAAGCUUUACAGGGGGUUGAGUUGGAAUUCAGUGGUUAUGAAAUUGAAUUCAAUCGUGAUGUUGCUUCCAAUGUUAUUUGUAUGGUUGAUUUGACGGAGGAUAAAGUUAAGGCCUUUACCUAUGCUGUCAUGAAUGAGUAUUGGUAUCAAAUGUAUAUCGAUGGUUUGCCCAUUUGGGGUAAGGUGGGUGAGAAGGAUGAAAAAGAUGGCAAAUAUUAUAUAUAUACACAUAAGAAAUUCGAUAUUGGUCGCAAUGGCCAACAAAUUGUGGACAUUAGUUUGACUACGGAGAAGAAGGAGUUGUUGGUGGCAGGUUCGAAAAUUAAAUUUUCCUAUGAAGUCAAUUGGAAACCGAGUGUGGUGGAGUUUAAGGAUCGUUUUGAUAAAUAUUUGGAUCCCAAUUUCUUUCAACACAGAGUAAGUUUGAUAGACUUGUCUAUAGAAAAUAUUCUAUAGCAUGCGAAAGAGGCU